AUGCAAGAACAAUUCGAACCCCUGAAGAACGACUUGUUGUUGAGGGCCGCCCGGGGCGAAAAGGUGGAGCGUCCUCCGAUCUGGGUUAUGCGACAAGCUGGUCGCUAUCUUCCCGAAUACCAUGAAGCCAAGGGUGGCCGCGAUUUCUUCGAAUGCUGCCGUUCACCAGAGAUCGCAUCGACCUUGACCCUGCAGCCCAUUGAGCGCUAUGAGGGCCUCAUCGAUGCUGCCAUUAUCUUCUCCGAUAUUCUGGUUAUCCCACAGGCCAUGGGUAUGACGGUUGAAAUGUUGGAUAAGAAGGGUCCGCACUUUCCGGAACCGCUCCAGUCGCCAACAGACGGACAGUACGAAAAGGUGAUGGCAAAGGAAGUGGAUGUGAAGGCAGAGCUAGACUAUGUCUAUAAGGCAAUCACGCUUACUCGGUUCAAACUCAAGGGUCGGGUUCCACUCCUCGGCUUCUGCGGUGCUCCAUGGACUUUGCUGUGCUACAUGGUCGAGGGUGGCGGUUCCAAGCUUUUCGUCCAGUCCAAGAAGUGGGUUUACAAGUAUCCUAAGGAGGCUCAGGCGCUGUUGCAGAAGAUUGCAGAGAUAUGUGUUGAGUACUUGGCUCUUCAGGUCGCUGCUGGUGCGCAGAUGGUGCAGGUCUUUGACUCGUGGGCUGGUGAGCUUUCACCUACCUCGUUCGCCUCGCAUUCGUUGCCCUACCUGCGUCACAUCUCCACUAAUCUACCCAAGCAGCUGAAGGAAAUGGGCCUGGAGCCCGUUCCCAUGACUGUAUUUGCUAAGGGUGCAUGGUACGCUCUGGAUGACCUUUGCGAGUCAGGCUAUAACGUUGUUGGCCUUGAUUGGACACAUGAUUCUGCCGAGGCCAUGCGUAUUGCCAAUGGCCGUGUGGUCCUUCAGGGUAAUGCCGAUCCCGGUAUGCUCUAUGGUGGUCCAGAGGCAAUUACUGCUACCGUCGAGCCGAUGGUGGAGGGAUUCAAGAAAGGCAAACAGGGUUGGAUUUGCAACCUUGGACAUGGUGUUACUCCUUUUGUCAAGCCAGAAGAUCUGGGCUUCUUUUUUAAGGAAAUUCACCGUCUCACAAAAUAA